GGCGGCGAGGGGCAGAGCCCGGCGGGCGGCGGGGCGGCCCCGCUCCCCGUGAAGAGGCGGCGCGGCAGGACAGCGGCCGCCGCCAUGCAGCCGUUGCACCGGGCCCCAGCGUUCCUGCUGCUGCUGCUUCUGGCCGCCGGGACCUUGUGGCUCUGCCUUGCCUCUUCGGAGGAACCAACCACUGAUGGCCUCACGUCAACUUCCCUUCUGGAGUUUGCCAUGAUGCCCCACCUGGAGGCCAUGAAUUCCCACGAGCAGACCAGCCCAGAAGCUGCGGAGCCAGAUCUUGCCCCUGUCUCUCUGCACGCUGCCCCGGGAUCGGGCUUUGCUAGCGAGGAGAAUGAGGAGUCCAAGAUCUUACAGCCCCCACAGUACUUCUGGGAAGAUGGGGGAGAGCUCAAUGACUCCAGCCUGGACUUGGGACCAGCAACAGAUUACAGCUUUCCUGCUGUGUCUCAGAAGGCCCUGCUGAAAGGGAAUGGGACACAAGUGAAAGACACCUGGGAAACAGCCACAGCCCAGCCACCAGCAGAAUUUGUUGAACCUGACUUGCACACACCUUUCUCCAGCACACUGGAGGAGGAGGAGGGGCUGCUCCCUAUAGACCACUCAAGAGGAGGAGCAGAAAACUUCCAGACCUCUGGGCCAGAGAUUGCAUCUUCUGAACCAGCGGACCAAGAGGACUCCUUCUCCCUUCUGUUUUCCACAGCCUCUGCCAGGCCAGGUUUUGUGACCGAGGCAGCCACAGGAGGGCAAGAAGAGGACUCUGUUCCUCCAGGCUUAGACCUUGGGAGUAGCAUGGGUCCAGGUCUUCUGCCUUCGUCCUCUGUUUUUUCUUCUACUGUUGCUGCAAGGUCUCCCAGUGUUUCGGAAGAACCUUUUGAGGUGACAGCUGGGGACACGUGGGCUGUUGAGGGAGCAGAUUCGGAGCCAACUGUGACUACAACAAGAACAGAGCUUGCAGAACCCACAGUGGAGACUGGUGAGGAAGAGCAUUCAGCCAGAGAGGAGGUCUCAGAGGCCACGGUGGGGUGGGAGAUGCUGGAGCCCACAUCGCUAAGUGAAAUGGAGCAGACAGUAGAAAUGCCUGUGGGGACACCCUCUUCUGGAGGCAGCUCCCCAGACACCCAGAUUCUUUCUGGGAGUGAGCAGCACACCACCUCUGCAUCUCCAUGGGACAGGGCUGAUGAUUCUGCACUGGAUCCCAUUUGGAAUGACACGGAGUCAGCCACUGAGACUGUGGCAGCAGAGAGGAGCUUCUCGCCACAGGCUGGGGGUGCCCGCAUGGCUGUGCUACCGACAGAGCUGCCCUGGGACUCAGCACAGGUAAUCUGCAAAGACUGGAGCAACCUUGCGGGGAAAAACUACAUCAUCCUGAAUAUGUCAGAUAACAUCGACUGCGAGGAGUUUCGUCUGGAGAGGGGUCCCCAGCUGCUGGCACUGGUGGAGGAUGCUUUCUCCAGGCAGGCGGAUGGGCUGCAGGACCGCUGGCUGAUCUCUCUGAGCAAACCCAAUGAGAAUGACAAGCACUUGCUAAUGACACUGGCAGGGGAACAGGGCAUCAUCCCUACAAAUGAUGUACUCAUGGCACUAGGGGAUGUUAAGAGGAGCUUAGCUGAGAUUGGCAUCCAGAACUACUCAACCACCACAAGCUGCCAGUCACACCCCAACCAGACACGCAGUGAUUACGGGAAGCUCUUUGUGGUACUGGUGAUCAUCGGCUCCAUCUGUGCCAUCAUCAUUGUACUGGGGCUCAUCUACAACUGCUGGCAGAGACGCCUGCCCAAGAUGAAGAACAUGUCGCAUGGUGAGGAGCUGCGCUUUGUUGAGAACGGCUGCCAUGACAACCCCACCUUGGAUGUGGCCAGUGACAGCCAGUCAGAAAUGCAGGAGAAGAAGCCAAGCGUGAACGGUGGAAACACUAUCAAUGGUCCUGACAGCUGGGAUGUUCUGAUCAAUAAGCAGGCGAGCGAGGAUGUGGAUGUGUUUGAGGAAGACACACAUCUUUAGAAAAGAAAGGAGGGAACCACCCCCUUAAAUACACUUUCUCUCCUGUCUUGACUGUUGGACCAUGGGAUCAGGUGGCUUCUCAGGUCAAGUCUUUGGGCAAGCUUUCCCAAUAGAAGUCCUGAGUCUGCAUCUGAGGUUUGGAGCCAGGAUGAUCACUGAACAGAAGGAAGCAGGGAGGGUUGGGUUUGUAGGUCUCUGUGUGUGUGUUCCUAUCAGUAGCACCGAUGCUUUCAUUACCUUUAAAUGCACUUAACUGUAGCUCUCUGGUAGUGGCUGGGCUUGAGAAGCAAGGCAGUGAGGCUAAGUCUGCCACCAAGAAUCCAGCUUUAGGGAGUAAAUUCACUUUGGGAGUCCAGCUGGAGUUGUGGCAGCCAGAAUCCUGGCUGUGAGAUCACAUUCAGUCCCUGCAGGUGCGGUAAAAACUGCAUUCUUGAUAGAGAGGCAUCAAGAUUCAGUUUAUGUCCUGGACAGCGUUUGCAUUCCACAUGUGAAAAGAGGUUUUCUAGUGCUCUAGCAUUCAGCUGUUCGUUAGAUGGGCUGAUGUUUACAUUUUGGGAAAACAUCCCUCUCUAAUCCUAUUUUCCUCCUCCCACCACAAACAGUCCCACUGUUUUUCAGCUCCACAGCUCCAAACUGUUUGCAAAGUUUUGAGCACUUUACCCUUGCUUGACUGACUGCAGACAAUUCAGUGCCAUAGUGCAGCAUCUUAGCUAGGAGUUUGCUUUAGGUUGGAGAGUUGCUUAGAGACAUUUAUGUGCCUCUCUCAUGCAACAGCCUGUGAAAUCGGCAGUGAAGUAUCUCUGGUCUCAAUCUCAAGUUUUAGACUGGCAAGCCUCCCCACUUCUAUUUUUCCAGGCUAGUUUGGUUUCAGUUGGUCUUCCUGAGGUAAGUGUAAAGACUCUUUAAGCAGGGAGAAAAGUGAAAGCUUGGAAAAUUUUCUAGUCCCAUUGCUUCCUUUUCAGCAUCCUGCCCUAAGGAGAGGAAGUGUUUAAUGUCCACAGAUGUAAAUCAGGGUAACAUCUUUAAAAUCACGGCAUUUUAGCAAGUGUGUAAAAGGCAGUCAGAUGAGAUGAGAAUCAGAUCUAAGAGCUCCCCAAUGAAUGUUUCUUCGGGCAUGCCUCAGGCAAUUUGGAAGCUCCAGCUCCCUGAAGACAUGUGAUAAAAGGCACGUGAAUAUGCAUAAUUUUUCUCUGAGCCCUGCCUAAACCAAGAUUCAGAACUACUGUCAAGCCUGAAAUCCCAGAACAUUUGUUUCUUGUCACCAAGGGGUUGAGGGACUUGGUUGGCUUGGAGGCAACAGUACUCCUCCGUUAUGGUGAUCUGCAUGCUUGCUUACUGCAAGAUGCAGCUUCACAUUUGGUCUUGAAGUGAACCUUUGUACAGAAAGACCCCAGAUAUGCAGUCUGAUGCUGAGCCUGUAAAUCUAUCCCUGUAUGUAUAGAAAUUUUUAGCAUGUUCACCCCUGAUGUGAGUGCCUGAAAUCAAGGUACAAGAGUCUAGUGUUUCAUUUUGCAUAGCGUUUUGCGUACAAACUGAACCACGGAUCGCCUCGAUCUAGGACCACAUUGCUAUCGGUCUAUUAAGGAUUCCAGAAAGGAGAUAGCCUUUGGUUUCCUAUCCAGAUUCCAGUUUUCAGUGUUUUUAUUCUGCUUCCAUACCUUUCCUUGUGUUACAUAGGAGGCAGUGAUCAUCAGCACCUUUUGUAUCUUGUUGGUAGGGUUGCAGAGGUGCUCAGCGGAGUUCCUCCUUCUUCCCCAGCAGUUGAUAAUGGGGGACAGUCCAUGUACUUUGCCAGCCCCACGUGGCUCUUCUCUGGCUACCCCUCACUGAUGGCUCCUGCUGAGUUUGAUGGGUCUGUGUGAAACUGCACAAAUUAGGUGGCUGUGGUGAUGGCACUCUGGGGCUCACAGGAUGAAAUGCAAGUUGUUGUGACAGUAUGGUGAGUAAAUUAAAGCACGAAGGUAACAGUUAAGUUUGUAUAGCACUUAGCACAAUGAGGCUUGGCAUGGCUGUGGCCGUCAGGCAGUUUCACCAUAGAAAUACUUCCAAGUCAAAUAAUCCUCAUUAGGUUUUUAAUGCCCAGUGGCUAUUAACCAUAAUGCCGCCCAUGAGAUGGGAAUUUGUUUACCCACAAAACAGUUCCUUGGUGUACAUGAUUGCAGGGAGCUGCUUUGCUGCCCUGUGUUCUCUUCACUACUAAUACAGAGAAACAAGGUGCUGAUAAAGUAGUGCUUCUGGCUAGGCUCAGCUCCUCUUGAUCUUGUGUUAAGCGUUAAAGAAACCAAGGGGGCUACGUGGGCUUAGUAGUAAGCUGGCAAGUUCUCCUGAUUUGCUCUUCUGGCUUCUUAUGGCCUGAAGGUUUUCCACAGACUGUAGAGCUUUUUUGUGCCUGGAGCAUCCAGGUGAGCUUGAGAGUGUCUAAGAGUGGCUGUACGGAGGCCGAGAACAAUUUUCUGCUGUCUCUGGCAGGAUGCACCUGUCUGUGUGAUCAAAGUUUAGCUCCAUAAAUCUACUGGUUAAUAGCAUUUCACUUUAGUCUGGUGAUACUUUUUAUACCUUUACCAUUUGUUUUACUCUGUAUCAGUUUUUUGCACUAGGCUGAUCUUGUUAAGUCGAUUGCACUGUUGUCCCUCUCCCACCAGCCUUGCAGAGACAGGCCAUUUCUGGGCACCUGUGGGCUGGGGAGCCCUGUAAAGAGGCUGUUGAUAGACCACUUAACUCUGCUGUUCAUUGCUUGGGUUUCCAGCUCUGCACAGGGAGGACUUAAAGAGGAAGAAGAACUUUGUCUUAGCGUUUGUAACAAGAAGCUUUUCUAUCACCUUACUGUAGUUAAACUUAUUUUUAACAAAAACUGUCAAAGUUGGACUACUUGGAGUGGUGUGCCCAGUGGCAGAGCAGAUGAAGGAGGGAAACUGAUCCCUGGAAAACUCUUUUCCACCUACUGGAACUUCACUGUAGUCUCAUCUGCCAAACGUUUGAUCUCGCUGACAUCUGGUGGCUGCGGGGAGCUGGAGAGGAAAAAUGAUGCAAAGCUGAGGACUUUCCCCCCUUCUUAGCACUGAGUAUUCAUUUCCUGCGACUUGCCUAGGACGGUCACCUGCUGUAUCCACGAGGGUCUGCUGGACUUGCCUGUGAGCAGAGGAGCUUGCACCAGGCACGUAAGAGAUGAUUUGUGUGAGUACAUCCCGUUUGCAAAGCGAUGAGAUUGGACAUUCCCUGGAGUCACCGGUCUAGAGGUCCUGGGUAGCAAUACAGGGUCGCAGCUCCAUCUCCUCACUUUCUCCUCCACUUGCCCCCUCUCCUCCCAAGAAGCACAGCAGGAAAACAGAGGCUCUGCCUUGAAAUGGAGAUUCUUCAGAGAGAGCAUGAGGUGCUGGUGUAAGGAGUUCUGUGCCUAGGGGAACACCUGCAAUGUCAUCAGCUGGAUAAACAGAUGGAGUGGCUCUCCAUCUCUGUGCAGCAGUGUGGUCUGGCAUGGCCAAGCUGCAAUUUACUCCAAGAUGUCUAGAACAGUGUCUAUGAUGUGGAGUCUAACAUGUACUAGGACUUUGCAUGCUGCAGACUGCCUCAUGGUAUGUAGGGUGUAAAGAAACUAAGUGACCUGGAAACUGUGGUGUGGAGUAUAAUGCAAGUUGAGAAUACAGUUCAAGAUACCACUUUAAGGAUUGCCCCAGGCAAAGGAUGCCGUGAGAUGGAGGUAGCAACUGUAUGGAUUAUUGCAGUGUGACCUUAGGGCAUUGCAGCAGGAUCCCACUGCAGCCACUGCUCUCGGCAGCUCAUCUGUUCCCAUCCACCUUUGCAGCCCUGCAGGAACACCUCUCUCCUUCACUGGCGGUUUGGGGCAGGUUGAACAAUCAACAACCAACUUAAUCUGUGCUGGUUUGAGAGAGCCUCGUGGGCUUGCUGUGGCUGACAGCCAAGCUCCUAGCCGUCCAUCUCAAUACCUUUGUUCCUGCUGGACCUAGACUGCCUGCAAGACCUGGCCACUGCUCGGGCUUGCUGUGGGAGAACACUUAGAAACACUUGCGUCUGGCCCUGGAAGCAACAGGGUUGUGGUUUUGUUUUCUUUGCAAUAAAAUGCACCUCCUGGGUGUCUGAACACUGA